UUCAAAAAAAAAGUAUUAAUUAUUAAAUAUUUUAACCGUUAAAACUAUAUGAAGUCAUAUCUCUCAUAUUAUAGUUUAUGGUUAAAAUUUAAAAAUUUCAAUGAUUUCUUUAUACAAUUCCUGUUAUGUAUAGUGGUUUUAUUUUAAAUUGAUUUUUAUGUUGAUUAUUAAAAAUGUCUGAUCAAUCCGAAUUUGAAAGUGCUAAUUUAAGUCCCGCAACAUCUACACCUCAAAGUAGUCCAGAAAGUAUUAUGACACAUUCACAUUCAUUUGUCAAUUCACGAGUUCCGAAAAAUGUAGAUAUUAAUGUUUUAUCCAAUUAUGAUAUGCCACAAUGUUCCGUUUAUGAUGUGUCUUUAACAGACAGUGAUCGUAGUACUCAAGAAGGUCCUAAAAUAUUGAAUGCAUCGUCACCAUCAAGUAUUUGCUCAGCUAGGCCUUUAGAAUGGGAUAGUGGUGCUGAUGUGGGAUAUGACCUUACACCACAGACACAAAAUCUAGUGAUGAGUACUAUAGAGCGAAUUGCAGUUAAUAAUUUAGUAUUUAACGCUAAUUCAACACCUAUUGAUUUAAAAAAUAAAAAUGUAAAACAAAAAAGUGCUUCGCUUACCGAUCUGGUUACGAUAGAGUCAUUUAAAGAUAAUAAAUCAGUUUCAUAUGAAAUGUUAAGUUCUAUUACAACUAAAUGUGACACGGUGCCGAAAUCUAAACCACACAUGACUUCUUGUCUAUCUGUAUCGACUGUAGUAUAUAAAACUGAAUCUUUAAAAAGUGAAGAAAUUAAACUAAACAACGAUUUACACAUAAAUACAAUAGCCAAAGAACAGAAUGAGAUGUUUAAAAAAUUAAAUAUUACUUCUGAUAAAGAAUUGGAAAAAAGUAAAGAUUCAAAUAAUUCUUUGGGCAGUGUAGGGUCUGCUGAUUCGUGGGAAGCUAAACAAUUUUGUGAUUCUACAAAUACUACAACAGAUCGAGUAAAUAGUUUUGAAUACAUACCAGGUGACGAAUAUUUUGAAAGUAGAGAAGAUGUCAGACAAGAUUCCUUGGAUAACGAAAGUAGUACUCAGAUGCUUAUUGAAGCUAUGAAACAAAAUGGAUUAACACAAUUGCAAAGAAAAGAAAUGUUCAAAGUAAUAGAUAGUUUUAUAAAGAAUUAUAAGCUUAAAGAUAAUAGUUUACCAAAAAAAAGCACAACCGAUUCAGAUCAUACAAACUUAAGACAAGAUAUCACAUCUCAAACAUCGUAUACUGGCAAUACAGUUGUAAAUAAUCAAACAAAUAACCAUUCAAGUACAAUAACAUUUACAUCACCGAUCACUUCUUCACAAUAUGGUGAUGAAAUUGACUCUAAAUGUUAUGAUACCUCAAAAGAUUCUGAAACACAUUUAAAAUUACGGAAGUAUAAAUUUCAAAAAAAAAAUAUUCCAAAUAAACAAACAAACCGAGGUGUGCAGUGUAAUAUUCAAGAUUGUUCAACUAAAUGUAAUCAAAAUGAAAUUUCAAAACCUUCAACAUCUAAAUUUAUCCCUAUUAUCAAUAAACAAACUGAGCAGUUACCAAAAUUACAAGCUAAAAAUAAAGAAGAAAUUAAAUCAAAUUACAAUAAUCCAAGUAAAGAAUUUAAGAAACAAAUGAUUUGGUUUCAUAAUAAUUACAUGAAAGUUGAACGAGAAAAUCAAAUGUUUUGGAUAAACACUCAGAUAACACACCUAAAUAAUUUGAAAAAAUUAUUAAGUACACAUGAAGAAUUAAAAGAAAAUUGGAAGAAUUUUAAAGAAAAACCAUCACUGGAUAAUAAACCUAAAUACAAAAGACGAAGUGGUUUUGAAAAAUUGAGUUCAAGCAGUACAUCAACUCAAACGGAUACAACUAUAUCAAAGCUAUCAAGUAUUUCAAAUUGUGAUAUCACAGAAACUGAAUCAUCAACUACCAUAUGUGAUCAUUCCCAUUAUAAAAAAGGCAUUUUGAUUGAUGAUCCUAAAUCAUUGGUUAAAUGUUAUAAAAAAACUCUCAAUCUAGUUAAAAAAAAUGAAACGCCAAAAGAUACUAAGCCAUUGAAAAUGUCAUCUUCACAACAAACAGUACAAUUUCAAACAGGAAAACUGAAAAGUAUUCCAAAAUCAUCUUUACUUAGCUUUGGUACUUAUACAGUGGAUAAGAAAAUAAAACCAAAUACCCAUAGUGGGCAUAAAAACAAAAGUUCUAUAACCUAUGAUAUAAUAUUCAAACCUACAAAAACUAGUUCAUCGCAUGACAGUGAAUUAAGUUCUACAUCUAAUGAACAAUUUAAUGGCCAAAAAAUUCCAAAGACAUCAAAAACCGUUUCAAGUCAAACAAGUAAUACACUAUUUGUUCCAAAAUCAAGUUUACAGGAAUACUUACUAAGCAAUCGGCCAGAUUAUGUUUACCGAGCACAAGAGCGACAAAAUAUUUUAUCAGACCUUGCAAGUAUGAGGGACCACCGUAAACAAUUGAAAAGAGAAUUAUUGUUGACAAAUAACAAAGAAAAUACAGUUCCCCCAAAUCCUUUAGCUCUUAAACGCAUAAUGAGUCAAAAAGAAAUGAGAAAGCAGACUGAACGUAAAUACCGCAAGUGCCCUGAAGUAAAAAGCAAAAAACUGGAAGUUAAACGAAAACAGGAAUAUAAUACUAAUAAGAUUAUGGCAAAUAUAUUUACUAAAAAAUUACAAAAAAAAACACUUAAUGGAAAUGUGGACUUAUCUAAUAGUAUGAUUCCUUAAAAAGAACAGCAAGUCAAUAAGUAUUCUUUCAUUAAAUUUUAAGCCCCCACGCUGUCGUUUCGGAAGGGAAUGUUUCUUAAUCAUAACCUACACUUCCAUGACCAGAAAGGUAGGUAUAAGUUAAGUAUAGUUAACCUAAUAGCACUGGCAACUUCUAAAUGAUUUAAAUUAUAUAUUUGUUUAACACGUAAAUUGCAGAUCAUAUU